AUGGCAUGGGAGAAUCAGACCUUCAACUCAGACUUUAUCCUGGUAGGAAUCUUCAAUGACAGCCCCACUCACAUCUUCCUUUUCUCACUGGUCUUGGGCAUCUUCACAGUGGCCUUCAUGGGAAACACUGUUAUGGUUCUCCUCAUCUGCCUUGACAACCAACUCCACACCCCCAUGUACUUCCUUCUCAGCCAACUCUCCCUCAUGGACCUCAUGCUCAUCUGCACCACUGUACCCAAGAUGGUUUUCAACUACUUGUCUGGCAGGAAGUCUAUCUCUCUGGCUGGUUGUGGAGCCCAGAUAUUCUUAUAUGUGUCUCUGCUUGGAGCAGAAUGUUUCCUGUUGGCUUCAAUGGCUUAUGACCGUUAUGUUGCCAUUUGCCACCCAUUAAGAUACUCAAUUCUCAUGAACCAGAAAAUAUGUGGUCUCAUGGCAGCUUUUUCAUGGAUUCUUGGCUCACUUGAUGGUAUAAUUGAAGCUGCAGUUGCAUUGUCUUUCUCAUAUUGUGGUGCCCGAGAAAUACCCCACUUUUUCUGUGAUGUCCCUGCCCUUCUCACUCUCUCAUGCACUAACACAUUGUUAUUUGAAAGGAUGGUAUUUAUAUGCUGUAUUAUUAUGCUUCUUUUCCCUGUAGCAGUAAUCAUUGCUUCCUAUGUUCAUGUUAUUGUGGCUGUCAUUCACAUGGGAUCUGGAGAGGGCCCAUGUAAAGCUUUUGGCACCUGUUCUUCUCACCUCAUGGUAGUAGGAAUGUAUUACGGAGCAGCCAUGUUCAUAUACAUGAGGCCCAGUUCAGAUCGUACCCCCACCCAGGACAAAUUCGUGUCUGUCUUCUACACUAUCCUUACUCCCAUGCUGAAUCCUCUCAUCUAUAGCCUCCGCAACAAGGAUGUGGCCAGAGCAUUCAUGAAGGUGUUAGGAAGGGGUAGUCUGGAGAGCAAAUUGCCUGAAAAGCCUAUUAUGUUUUAUGGUCCUGAUAGUAAUGGCUUUAUGAAGAAGAGAUCAUAUAAUAUCCAGGACCUAGUGCUUCACGGAGUAUCUCUGAUGUGUGCUGUGUGCACUCUGCUGCUAUACUUUGGCUGUUCUACCCCUUAUUCCAGUCAUCUGCAGACGGCCUGCAGUGGGAAAUGCUUGGACCUGGGCCAGGUUGUGGACCCUGACCUCGGUGUUUGUUGCACCGGUCGCGAUAUCAACCUCGUUGGACAAAACCAGCCAGGACACAUACCAGGAGGGCCUUCCCUGGUACUAGGGAGCACAGCACAGGAGUUUAAAUCCCAGCCAAGUUCUGGGGCAAAGGAGUUGGUGGAGCGAGACAGACAGCAACACAGUGAGGAUGGAUCCAAAGGAGAGAUUUGGGACACCAUGUCAUGGAGAAGAGACUUGGGGGGGUCGCCAUUUUUCUCACCACCACCACCAAAGCGGGGCCUCAGGGAUUGGCCCACAGUACCCAGAGUAGAAGCAGGACCAGCCUACACCAAAUGA